CUUAAGCGGCAAUUUGGCAUUUUCACAUUACCAGGUAAUUUACAAACACUUCCCCACUUGUCUUUUUGCCUUUUGCUUCUCCAUUAAGCACUAGAGCUUUUUACACGCACUCUCAUGGCGAACUAUUCUUAGUAACCACCAGGUCCACCACCACCACCACCACCAAUAACAACUUUGUUAAAAAGCAAUCUGUUUUAUGUCCGCCGAGUCCACAACUCAGUCACUCACUCACCCACUCAGUACUCUAUCUUGAUCACACAGAAACUAAUGGGAAGUGUUUCUGUUGUUGAUGAGACCGUAAAAAAGAAAUCUUAUGAUGUGGAGAACACUAUAUUCGUUGCUGUAGGGAAGAACGUUAGCAAAAGUCAAUCAGCUUUAUUUUGGGCUGUGCACAAUUUUAAUGCAAAGAAAAUUUGCUUGCUUCAUGUUCAUGCUGACAGUGAUCUCGAAAGGGAAAAGAUGAUGGAUGUUUUAGAUCAAUACUGCCUCAUUCUUGACCAAGAAAAGGUGCAAGUGGACAAGGUAUGGAUUGAGAUGAGUAGUGUUGAGAUGGGUAUUGUGGAGAUUAUUGAUCAGUAUGAUAUUAGAUGGCUUGUAAUGGGUGCAGCGGCGGAUAAAUACUAUUCAAGCAAACUAGCGGGAUUGAAGUCCAAGAAAGCGAGAUUUGUAUGCCAACAUGCACCUAUUUCCUGUCAUAUUUGGUUUGCUUGCAAGGGCUGCCUCAUAUAUACAAGGGAAGGUAGAAAUGUCAAAUCUGAAGAAGAGUUGUCUCUUCCCUUGCUACUGAUGAAUUCAGAUUCAGGAAUUGAGGAACCAGAAAGUUUAGGAUCUUAUACACAAACACAUAGUACUUUUGAUGCCGAGAAGGAAGAUGAUAACCUUGGAUUUUUUCUGGAAACGUUCAACAAUCAGUGUGCAUUGCACUCUGACAUAUCAAGCAAUACAGAGGUCAGUACAUCCGCAUAUAUGCCAUUUCUAAUCGAUGGGGAAGAAAAAAUUGAAGGACAGGCAACUGAAGCAACUGAACAAACUUGUCAUAAACUUGAACAAGCAAUUCUUGUUGCAAAAGACUCAAAGCAAAUGGCAUUUGAAGAGGCAGUGAAGCGAUGGAAAGAAGAAGACGAUGCUAUGGAAGCCAAAUGCAAGGCUAUGGCGUUAGAAAACUUAUGUGUUAAGGAGAUCAGCCUAAGAAAAGAGAUGGAGGAAAAACUGGCUAGAGGAAAGCAAGAUAUAGAAAAGACGAAGAAUCAACGUGACACAUUUGUAAAGGAAUUCCAGAAGGUCCAGGAGCAGAAGUCUGUACUAGAGGAUCAACUCGCAGAGUCCAGUGGUGUAGUGAAGGGUUUAGAAGAAAAAAUAUUGUCAGCUGUAGAACUUCUUAUAAGUUUCAAAAAACAACGAGAUGCAGCACGAACAGAAUGUGAAAAUGCAAGAAAGGAGGUUAAUAGGCAAAGGAAAUUGGUGAGAAUGGGAGCUGUGAGCUUUUGCAGGUCCGAAAUCCUUGAGUUUUCCUUUGUGGAUAUUAACGAGGCAACUCAUGAUUUUGAUCCAUCCUGGAAGAUUGGAGAAGGAAGAUAUGGAAGUGUCUACAAAGGGAUCCUUCGCCAUGUACAUGUUGCUAUCAAAAUGUUACCUUCUUAUGGGUCUCAAAGCCAGUUAGAUUUCCAAAAUGGGGUGGAAGUUUUAAGUAGAGUGAGACAUCCACACCUGGUAACAUUAAUUGGAACUUGCCCAGAGUCCAAGUCACUUGUCUAUGAGCACGUGAGAAAUGGAAGCCUCGAAGAUUCCCUUGCCUGCAAAAAUAAGAGGCACCCUCUUCCUUGGCAAAUUCGGAUACACAUUGCUAAUGAGAUAUGCUCUGCUCUUAUAUUUCUUCAUUCUAAUAAGCCUUGUAUUAUACAUGGAAGUCUGAAACCGUCGAAAGUCCUCCUUGAUGAUAACUUGGUCAGCAAACUCAGUGACUUUGGCAUCUCUCUUUUGGUCCCACAAGGAGAAAGAAUGCGUAACGAUAAUCCAAUGUCUAACAAAUCUAACCUGAAUUUCACAUCUUUGUAUGAUGAUCCGGGAUAUACCGAGACAGGGAAACUUACUCCAAGGUCGGAUGUUUACUCAUUUGGAAUUAUACUGUUACGACUUUUGACUGGAAAACCAGUUCCAGGAUUGGUAAAAUAUGUAAAAUGUGCAUUAGAGGAAGAGAACUUCAAAACCUUAUUGGAUACUUCUUCUGGGGACUGGCCAGUUGAGGAUGCCAAACUGCUGGCAAGAUUGGCAUUGAGGUGCUGUGAGAAAAACCCAUUGAAUCGUCCAGAUCUUGUUUCAGAAAUCUGGAACAUCCUUGAGCCAAUGAGGGCUUCGUGCGGUGAUUUACUGUCAUCUUCACGUUCCAAGGAGCUGCACCGGAUCCCUUCCCAUUUUGUUUGUCCCAUUUUUCAGGAAGUGAUGAAAGAUCCACAAAUAGCAGCAGAUGGAUUCACAUACGAAGGUGAUGCUAUAAGAGGAUGGUUGAAAAGUGGGCACAACACUUCCCCGAUGACAAAUCUGAAACUUGAACACUGCAACCUACUCCCUAAUCACGCUCUUCAUCAGGCAAUUCAAGAGUCGGGACUAUAGCUUUAUACCAAUAUGAUAUAUACUACAUACUUAACUAUUUAACAUUACAUCCUUUUAUUUUUGAGAAGAAACAUUACAUCUUUUAAACGUACCAUUUUGUACAGAAAAAAGGCUUCAUUGGAUGCACAUAUUUGCUUACAUUGUAUAGAAAACUAUAGCAUGAAACGCUAGCUUGGUAUCAAAUUUUAAUUUUACCCAACAA